CCGGGAUCCACUUUCGGUCAUAGAUUGUUUUUUUUUUUGCUGUUUGAAACUGUGAACUUUGAUGUAAGCCGCACAAUCAAAAUUAAACCGCCGAAUGUCCAGAUCGAUGUGUCUAUUACAUCAUCUGCCCAGCUGAGAAGACUAUGCCAGAACUUGAUCAACAAAAACAGCAGUGUUUAGUGGCGAUGGAAACCCUUGAUCGGUCGUCGCCAGAACUUUGGCCUGAACCAAUGCCUGGCAUGUCUGGUUUUGCACAACACAUACGCGCAUCUAGUGCGACUGAUAAACAACCAUCAUGGAAGCAACCACCAGAUGCCCAUGAUAUGUUACUUGUACAACGUUAUAGUCAAAUGCCAUUGCCUCCACUUUUAGAUGAAUUAAAGUCUUUAUACGACUUUGCCUAUAACUUAGGCUUAGAGGAAUCUAAAGAAAUGACACGUGGCAAAUAUUUAAAUAUAUUCACACGUAACACUAAUAAAGCCAGUGAAUAAUAUUGUAAUAAUUUGUACAAUUUAAAAUGAAGUAUAUUUUUAAUUUAUGUAAUCAA